AUGGACGUGGUUGAUGAAACGGAAGCCUUACAGAGAUUUUUUGAAGGACAUGAUAUUAACAGUUCCCUGGAACCUGCCAACAUCGAUACCAGUAUUCUGGAGGAAUAUAUCAGUAAAGAGGAGGACAGCACAGACAUCUGUUUUUCGGACGUCCACAACACCCCAGGUACGAAUUACACCUCCCCCCAGGCCGGGGCAUCUUCCUCUGGGGGGGUGGUGUGUGGAGUGAGUCCCCCCAUCCCUGUCCGCCAGAGCACUGCUCCACCUCUCCCCCCUCCCUGCCAGAACCCCUACCCACCUCCACCGCCUCUGGGUCUCCACCGACACAACUACGCCUGUCAGGGGCAGCUCCAGCCACAGAGCUCCCAGCACCACCCCCAGAAUCAGCCCCACAUCAAACCAGAACACCGUGGACACUACGCCCCUGGGACAUUACCUGAGUCUCCUCCUGAUUCCAGCUCAGAGCCUUACUCCCCGCAGCAAGUGAAUGAUCCUCAUAUGCUCAGGACGAUGACUCCUGAGAACAUCUGUCACAUGGGCAGCCCGCCCCCUCUCCCCGCACAUGCCCACUAUCCCAGCAUGCACCGGGACAUGUACCUGAAACCAGAGCCCAUGAUAUCCCAGUAUCCGGUUGGUCCUGCCACCAGCGGGGGAGGAGACAUGCAGCAGAGCCAGAUGCUUCAUCAGCUACUGCAGCAUCCACAGGGCCAAGAUGGGAUUCCAGUCCAUCAAGCGAAGAAAAGAAAACACUCAGAUUCUCCCAACAGCACUCUCAAUGCCCAGAUUCUCACUGGCAUCAUCAAGCAAGAGCCAGGUUUGAUGCAGGAUGGUGAAAACUCAUACCUGGACCCAAACUACCAGUGUAUAAAAUGGCAGCCUCACCAGCAGAACAAAUGGACGGCUUUAUAUGACGGCAGCUGUAAAGAACUUCCAAUGCCGACAUACAGAGUAGACGCAGACAAAGGCUUUAACUUCUCAUUGGCCGAUGACGCUUUUGUUUGCCAGAAGAAGAACCACUUCCAGGUCACAGUGUACAUUGGCAUGUUGGGGGACCCAAAAUACGUGAAGACCAAUGAGGGUCUGCAGCCAAUAGAGUGUUUCUAUCUGAAACUCAACGGAGUCAAGUUGGAGGCGAUGAACCAGACCAUCAACGUAGAGCAGUCCCAGUCGGAUCGUAGCAAAAGACCUUUCAAACCAGUACUGGUGACCCUGCCUCCAGAUCAGGUUACCAAGGUUACCGUGGGCAGACUGCACUUCAGUGAGACCACAGCCAAUAACAUGAGAAAGAAGGGCAAACCCAACCCUGACCAGAGGUACUUCAUGUUGGUGGUGGCUCUCCAGGCCCAGUCUCACAGUCAGAGCUACACUGUUGCAGCUCACGUCUCUGAGAGGAUCAUCGUCAGGGUAACCUCUGCGUCUAACCCGGGGCAGUUUGAGAGUGAUAAUGAGGUGCUUUGGCAGAGGGGGCAGUUGCCUGACUCAGUAUAUCACCAUGGCAGAGUGGGCAUCAACACCGACCGACCUGACGAAGCUCUGGUUGUCCACGGCAACCUCAAGGUCAUGGGCUCGCUCGUUCACCCCUCGGAUAUCCGGGCCAAAGAGAACGUGAAGGAGGUGGACACUACAGAUAAUCUGAGACGUAUCUCUCAGAUGCGAUUGGUUCAUUAUCAGUAUAAACCAGAGUUUGCUGCCAGUGUCGGAAUAGACAACACGGCGGAGACUGGAGUGAUAGCUCAGGAGGUGCAGCAGAUUCUCCCUGAGGCAGUUAAAGAAGGAGGAGAUGUAGUGUGUGCUAAUGGAGAGACCAUUCCUAAUUUGUUGGUCGUCAAUAAGGAGCGGAUCUUCAUGGAAAAUGUGGGAGCGGUGAAGGAGCUCUGUAAACUGACAGAUAAUCUGGAAACUCGGAUCGAUGAGCUGGAACGCUGGAGUCGUAAACUGGCCAAACUACGACGACUGGACAGCAUGAAGAGCACAGUCAGUGGAGGAACCAUCAGCCAAGCAGGCAGUCAGUUCAGCCGGACAGGAAGUGGUCCGCUGAAGAGAAAGACUGUGAAGUCUGGGAGUAAGAGCCCAGCACCUGCUCCAGGCUGUCUGAGUCACAGGUUCAUGCAGGGAACCAUACUGGCUUUGGUGAUUAUCAUGGCCUUCAGUGUCAUCUCCAUGUCCGUUCUGUACGUUCUGAACCUGCAUCAUCAAAGCAGCAUCACAGAGACUGAUGGCUCUGUGCCCUCCUGCGUUCUCUAUUUCUCCUGGAUGCCUUUCCUUACUGCUACAGUCACUUUCUGUCCAUCCAUCUGUCCAUGGUCUAGCUCUGCUCUGGGGGAGACCCGUAACACUGCCUACUCCUCCUCCAGAGUCACUCCAUCCUCUCUCCCAGAUACAGCUCCCUCCCUCUCAUCUCUAACCAAUCAAGUGUCUUGCUGCCCACCAACAACCGCCACGACCAACCAAUCAGUCACCAUCACCAGCAUGUUGCCAAGCUCCAACCAAUCCACUUCAGAAUCCAUCAGUCCUGGUCCGACUCAGAUGAGCGUUAAUAAGAAGGCGAAGUCUCGCGCCCUUGAUAAGGACAGUCGUAACAGAAACAGACUGAGUCACACGUCAGCCCCUCUGUUUUUAAAUAAAGCUAAAAGACUCCCGCCUGCUGACAUAGGGGUCGCAGGGACCAGUAACCGUCUGCCUGGAGGACAACAGCAACCUCCACCCCGCAGACAACGCAGCACAAAGACAGAGGGAGAACACUCCAUGCCUUCUCUAACUGGAAUACACAUUCUGGAGACGGGUCAAGACGUCAACACAAAGAGCUGCCCAUCACCUGACCGCUGCAGUUACACUCUGUCCUUACAAGGAAUCAGCAACUCAUCUGCAUCACACAUCACUCUGCAUAUGACGUCCAGUGAGACAGUAUGGGUGUGGCACUGUGGCAUCACUAGGGGGCGCCUGUGUCCCAAUCACAGUGAGGCACAGUUCUAUGACCAAAAGAACACCUACACAAAGGGGACCAAUCACCUGUGGUCUGUUCCUGUGAUGUCAUUCCAGGAUGUAACGUAUCACUUCCGAGUGUCUCCGUCUGGUGGUGUGGGUUGUUCCGGUGAGGGAGAGGAGGAGGAGGAAGAGCUUUCAGCGCUGUACUCAGAUUACUACUUUUUCAUUCAGAGAAACUGCACCUGA